AACAGCGUUAUAAAAUCGGUUGUGCAGAGCAAAUGCCCAGCCACAAGACAGUUUCACCUGGAGCACCCACCUACCUACUGAUUAUGAUCAAGCCGGCAAAAAUACGGACGUCCAGCCUCUGCGGCUAUACGGUGGCCCUGUUACUCGUUUGGCUAGCGGUUGUCAUUCAGUUGCAGCUGGUCAGUGCUGAUCCUAGCAAUGCAAGUACCACCACGGCAUCGCCGUCUACAGUGGCCACCACCCGUUUGCCGGCCACCCGACGCGUCAAUCCUCUCACGGAGUCGAAGCUGGAGAAGAAUUGCAAGGCCCUCUGCGAGCACUGCGGCUGCUUGGGCUUCUACUGUGGCGAGGAGUGCCUGUGCGAAUGCAAUGACGAGAACUCGGACACGGAGUGCAUCCGCACCAUGCAGACGAAUGCCAAGACCCUAAACAUGCCCUUCGAGAUCGUCAUCCAGGGACCGAGCAGCAAUCGCUUCGUGCGCAAUGCCCAGCAGUUCGAGCAGAAGAGGGAGCUGGUGGCCAGGAGUGCCUCUCCAUCCGGUAAAGCCCCUCGGAACCGUCGCUCCAACAUCACCAUCUAUAAGCCUGCCAGCCAGAAAGUUUCCGGGCAAUUUGCGGGCAAUGCUUUGGAGACGGUAUCCAAGGUUUCAGAGGUGGAUCUGACCAGGCGCCACAAGCGGUCCGUCGAUCAUCUGGAGUGGUUCAAUGACUUUGCCGGCUCCCUGGUGCGUCCCUCACCGCUAGGCACUCGUGCGCAAAAGUCCAAGCCGUCGGGUUUCAAGCGUCAGGCUGUUCAGGAGGAGCCUGCUCCGCUGUUGAGCCGUGAACCGUGGUUCCUGGAGCACAGCGCUCCACGUCUGACCCGCCCAGCUCCCUUGAACAAGGCUCAGGCUUUCCGAAAGACCAAGAAGAGCCCCUCCUCUCGCAGGUUCCCCAAAAAUAAGGCAGCCGACAAGGAAAAGUUGCGUCGGGAGCCGGAGCGUGAGAUUCGGCCGCUGCGCGAUGCUCUGCAAGUGGUUGAGCGCAUUCCACGAGUCCUGCAGGAAACAGUGAGCCAUCUGUCGUCCGAUCCCCGCAGUGGCGACGUGUUCAGCCUGAAUAUAAGGAACGAGGCUCUGCCCCAAGCCAAGAACCGCGAGGAAGAUGAGGAGGAGGAGCAGGAUCAGGAACACCGCCGGCCAAGUGCCAAGUUCCGUGAUGUGCGGCGUAAUGAGAUCGUUCCGGAGGCCGUAACCCUGGCUGCUCCAAUGACUCCAGCCCCAGCUAUCCUUCCUGCCCAGCGGGUUGGUCUGCUGCCCUGGCUGCGUCAGCGGCGGCUGAUGCGUCUGCAGCAGGCGAGGGCCAAUUUUUAGAGGAGUACCUGCUGUCUUAAUCAAUCCCUUUAUACGAUAACUAUUUUUACAUUCAUUUUUGUUGUAUAUUUAUAAGAAAUUUUGCAAUUUUACCUAUUAAAUUUUAAUGUUUCAUACCCUGCA